AUGAAGCUUUCUCUUGUCUUCAGCGCCCUCGCGCCCAUUAUGAUUCUUGCUACAGCGCACCCUAUGCAAGGAGCCAUCGCGAAACGUUCAUAUGUAGAGAAGCGCGAGGAUCUCGGACUUGACGCCGAUGAUUUCGACUACAGCAAUUACGAAACCAACGCUGAUGACUUCAGUUAUGGCUCAUACCAGAACGGGGUCGAGAGGAAGCGCGGGGAACAGGUCGACGCCGAAGACUUCGACUACAUCAAUUACGAAACCAACGCUGAUGACUUCAGUUACGGCUCGUACCAGAAUGGGGUCAAGAGGAAGCGUGGGGAACAAGUCGACGCUUAUGACUUCGACUAUAUCAAUUACGAAACCAACGCUGAUGACUUCAGUUAUGGCUCAUACCAGAACGGGGUCAAGAGGAAGCGUGGGGAACAAGUCGACGCCCAAGACUUCGACUAUAUCAAUUACGAAACCAACGCUGAUGACUUCAGUUACGGCUCAUACCAGAAUGGGGUUGAUAGGAAGCGCGAGGAGCUUGAGACCGUUGAUUUCAACUAUCGCAAUUAUGAACUCAACGCUGAUGACACCAGUUACGGCUCCUACUCGAAUGGUGUUGAGAGGAAGCGCGGGGAACUUGAUGUCGAUGAAGAAAAGCGCGAGGAAGUUGCCGUCGGUGACUUCAACUAG